AUGUCCAACAACUCACAGAUUUUAUUUGAUAUUUUUCAAGAGAUUUUUGCCGCAUCUGGUAAUUCCUCGGAUAGCAAGGUCAUCAAUGAAACGAGAAUUUUGUCAGCACUAAAGGAGCAGGCUUCAAGAGGGAAUCCCGAGAACUUUGGAUCGGUUUUAAUUAAAGUAGUCAGCGACGUUCAGAACAAAUUGAAUCUAACUAUUAAGCCAGACGGCUACUGUGGCUAUUGUGAGGGAGAUUUUCGGGAUGUCAUUGAAGCUUACAACGGUAUUCAUGGAUAUAUCAGUCUAAUAGUAUGCACAAUAGGUGUGUUGGCGAAUACAAUGAACGUGGCAGUGCUGACGCGGCGAGACAUGGCUGCGGCGCCAAUCAACCGCUUACUAAAGUGGCUGGCUGUCGCAGACGUCUUCGUCAUGCUUGAAUACGUGCCAUUUUCCAUAUACAAAUACUUAGUAUUGCCAGAGAAAUUGGAUUUCCCGUACUCCUGGGCGAUGUACUUGCUCUUUCAUAUGCACUUCGCUCAAAUAUUACAUACCGCUUCAAUAUGUCUAACACUGUCACUAGCGAUAUGGAGAUAUAUCGCAAUAAAAUAUUCAGAUAGAAGUCACAUUUUGUGCACAGAACGACGGUGCAGCAUAGCGAUUUUGACCAGUUUUAUAUUGCCGCCAAUACUGUGCAUACCUACGUUUAUGGUAUUUGACAUUCACACAAAGAACAUAACCGCUGUAAAUGGUCGUCCAGGGUAUAUUGCCUACCAUGUGGACUCAGACAGACAAGGCAGAUUAUAUCAAGUAAAUUUUUGGGUCCACGCUGUUCUUAUUAAGCUGCUACCGUGUUCGAUUUUGACCAUAAUAAGUAUAUGGCUCAUACGAGCUUUAUACAGUGCAAAUCAGCAUCAGAAAAAUUUAAGGAAUUAUAGCGCAUGUCCAGCCGGUGAGAAAAUGGUAAAACGGCAACACAAAGCGGAUAAAAGAACAGAUAGAACAACAAAGAUGUUAUUAGCUGUUUUGUUAUUAUUUCUUGUAACGGAACUACCCCAAGGUAUACUGGGUCUGAUGAGUGGAUUGCUUGGAUGGUGUUUCUUUAAACGCUGCUACGAUCUCUUUGGAGAAAUUAUGGAUUUCUUAGCAUUGUUGAAUGGAGCUAUAAACUUCGUAUUGUAUUGUUCGAUGUCAAGACAGUUCAGGCAGACAUUUAGGCAGCUGUUGCUACAAAGGCAUUUCGCUCGCUUUUUACCUCCGAAUCCUUCUCAUUCAGAAUCUCAUAACCAAAACACCGGAAAAACUUCGGUACCGUGAGGUCGAAGUGUUUACGGGAAUCGUCACAGUGUGUGAACAGUUUCUAUAAUUAAACAGUGAUUAAUGUUAAACUUUAUAGGAUAAAUGUCAGUGUAAAGAAAUUUGCUUUGAAAAAUAAAAUUCUGUGUAUUUUUGUGCUA